UUAAUUUUUACGGUUUCUUUUCCUUUCUAAUUCUAAAUCUUUAGGGUUUCCUCCCAAUUUUACUUUUCAUUGUUUCUCACUUUUCUCGGCGACCGAACGGGGAAUUAAAAGCUUCGAAAUUCGUACUUAUUUCCCUAAUGUGGCUGUUAUCAAAUGCUCGUGUUAGUUGAUAGUAGAAGCCCAUUUGUUUCGGUGGUUGUGUUGAAUAAAGACUGGGUUGUGUAAUUGUACUGGAUUGUCAUUAUGAGCGGUGCUCCUAAAAGAUCUCAUGAAGAGAGUGGCCAUUCGAAAUACCCGAAUGAGGAUUCCAGUGCGUUCCCCAAGUUAUCAACAGCAGUUCCGAGUGAGUACCAUCCUCCCUAUGAGAUGGUUCAAGAAAGUCGGAUGCCAAAGCUUCCACGUACUGAAUCUCGAGAUGCAGAUAGAAGAUCUCCUCUUCAUUCAGUGUAUAGAAUGCCAUCUUCUUCGAAUGAUUUUCAUGUAGAUCAUUCUGAAAAUAGGAUGGAUUUAAAGGAUUCCAAGGAUGGCAGAGAUCUUCGAUUUGAAAACCGGGAUACAAAGAUGGAGAUGAGGGAGUUAUUUGGUGACACAAGGAGAGAAUCUCAAAAUGCUAAGAGUGAGAAGGAUGUAAGAUCUGAGAGUAGAGGGGAUGAUAGUAAGGAAAUGAGGUAUGACAGGGAAAAUUUUAGUGAUCCAAAAGGUGAUGUGAAGAUGGAAAAGGAUGGUUAUGGUGCAGCAAAUACUCACUUUACUUGGAAAGAAUCAAAAGAACACCAUAGGGGAAAAAGAUACCCUGAUGCCCCAAGUGGAGGUAUAAAUUAUUGGCAUGUUCCGCGUGGAAAUUCACAAAGUCCCAUCGAGGUUGGAAAGGAAGGCUCAACAACUGAAGAGAGGGAUUAUGUGGAAGCUCAUGAGGCUGUUGGGGAAAACAAAGUUGAUUCAAAGGGUGACGAGAAAUUGAAAGAUAAGGAUAGAAAGAGGAAAGAUGUGAAGCAUAGGGAUUGGGGAGAAAGGGAAAAGGAAAGAACUGAUUGUAAGAUUGGUAUGCAAGUAGCUAAUAGCAGUAGUGAAUGCAAAGAUUCAGGUAAAGAAGAAAGAGAUGUAGAUAGGUGGGAGAGAGAGAGGAAAGAUUUUUUAAAAGACAGGGAAAGACUAAAAGAGAGGGAAAAGGAUCAGGCCAGGAGAGACUCAUGGAAUGGAGUAGACAAAGAGAAAUCUCACAAUGAGAAGGAAUUAGGGGAUGGAUCUUUAAGAAGGUCAGAGCAGGAAAACCCAACAUCAGAGCAGAAGAAACAGAAAGACUUUGAUAGCUGGAAAAAUGUCGAUAGGGAAGCAAGAGACAGGAGGAAAGAAAGCAAUGACAUUGAAAAAGAUAAAACAGAAAGGCGCACUAGGUGCGAUGACAAAGAUUCAGAUGAUGGAUGUGCAGAUGGUGAAGGGGCUACUGAAAGGGAAAGGGACGUCUAUAAUUAUGGAGUUCAACAACGGAAGAGGAUGCAGCGGUCAAGGUGUAGCCUCCAAGUGGCUAACCGCGAGCACCGUUUUAAGUCUCGUGCUCAAGAGAAUGAAGGAUCUCAAGGUAAAGCUGAAGUAUCCUCUGUUGUUUAUAAAGUUGGUGAAUGCAUGCAAGAACUGAUAAAGUUAUGGAAUGAAUACAAAGCAUUGGAAUUGGAAAAAAAUGGAGAAAGCACUUUAAAUGGACCAACUCUUGAAAUCCGGAUUCCAGCUGAGCAUGUUACUGCUACAAAUCGCCAAGUCAGAGGUGGGCAACUGUGGGGGACAGAUAUAUACACUGAUGACUCAGAUCUUGUUUCUGUUCUCAUGCAUACAGGUUACUGCCGCCCCACAGCUUCUCCUCCUCCACCUGCUAUUCUAGAGUUGUGUGCUACCAUCAGAGUGUUACCUCCACAAGAUUGUUACAUCUCCACUUUGAGAAAUAAUGUCCGUUCACGUGCCUGGGGUGCUGCAAUUGGUUGUAGUUACCGUGUUGAGCGAUGCUGCAUUGUGAAGAAAGGAGGUGGAACCAUUGAUCUUGAGCCUUGUCUUACACAUACAUCAACAGUGGAGCCUACCCUUGCUCCAGUGGCUGUUGAGCGGACAAUGACUACCAGGGCUGCUGCUUCGAAUGCAUUGCGGCUGCAAAGAUAUGUACGAGAAGUUACGAUACAGUACAACCUCUGCAAUGAGCCUUGGAUUAAGUACAGUAUAAGCAUUGUUGCUGACAAGGGUCUGAAAAAACCCCUCUAUACAUCUGCACGAUUGAAGAAAGGAGAAGUUUUGUAUUUAGAAACACUUUCACACAGGUAUGAGCUUUGUUUCACUGGAGAAAAAGUGGUCAAAGCUAUGGCGGCAUCUCAGGUACAUGACAUGGAGACAGAGAAGUCUCAGAAUCAUCACUCGCAUGCCACAAAUGGUGAAAGAAGUGAUUAUGAUAACAUGGCGGUUGAUGUGUUUAGAUGGUCUCAUUGUAAGAAGCCUCUUCCCCAGAAAGUCAUGCGAUCGGUUGGGAUCCCGCUUCCCCUUGAAUAUUUGGAGGUAUUGGAGGAGAAUCUUGGCUGGGAAGAUGUGCAGUGGUCACAAGCAGGCGUUUGGAUUGCUGGAAAAGAAUACACACUUGCUCGGGUGCAUUUUCUGUCAAUGAAUUAGUUAAGUCGUCUUAAUGUUUGCCGUCACAAUGUAUUUAGAACUAUAUAAUCCCCAUCUGGUGCGUUGAACGAGUUUGUUAUUCGUAUUGAUGCAGGUUUUGACUUAUGAAAAUGCUCGUAUUUAUUAAUUUAAACUUUUCGAUGUAUAUGGGUAAAAGCCUGGUUUUUAAGAACAUAUCUUGGGCAAGAAAUGUCCAGUAAUUUUUCAAUUUUUACUCGGA